CCCACCCCGUUUUCUCUUGCCCUAUGUUAUUUCCAUCAGGUGGGCUGAGUAAUGAGCCGGUGACACAUGCUUGUAAAACUCUCAUUCCAUCAGGCCCCCCUGCCCAACGCGUGUCCUUGACCUUUGGCUCCUUGUUCUCCAUUUGCCCCGGGAGCAUAGGUGCUGGAACUAGGGGUGCAGAGGGUGCUGCAGCACCACGUGACUUGAAGUGGUUUCCAUUAUAUACAGGGGUUGUAGUUUAGUUCAAUGGCUCUCAGCACCUCCACUAUAAAAAUUGUUUCAGCACCCCUGCCUGGCAGGUUGGUGGAUGAUAAUUAUUGCCAGGGAAACACUGGUCUGUGUUGUGAAAGGUUAAGGGGGUAGUUAAUUACACUCUGGGAGUGACCAAGGAAUGCCACCAGCUGGCUAGAGAUACAAUAGGCCUAAUCUACUCUAUUUGGGGGCUGUAUAUACUGCUGCCCAUCACUGGGGUUUCUAAGCAUUAAUGGGGAGCGUCCCCAUGAAUUACCAGCUCAGUGUGUCUUCUCAGACUGAGAACUCAUUCAGAGCUUUUGCUGCUUUAGCCUCUGUAUAUACUCCCUUUCCCUCCCCACGCCUAUCAGUGCUGCUGCUCGGCUGAGUGUUUAGAUUGGAUCACUAAUAUUUGAUUACCCUGAAAUUGUUAGAGUGGCCUCUUGGUGUAGUAGGGUGUUUUAUACAGAACAUUGUCUCACACAUUCAUUGUGAAUGUAUGUUUGCUUGGUGUUUUGACUUAAGCCUUUAGCUCAGGUCCUGCAGCAAUAACCAUGGAGAGCAACAAGAGAGGAUAUUUCUGAGCUUUUCAUUCUCCCUGAGCUGGAGAAUGAUAAAAGUUCAGCACUUCUGAUUCUAAAAACCUUUUAUGAAAAGAUUGUGGACUGGAGCUGCUCCUGGGUUUUUAGAAGGGUACGUUUAUGUCCCUGUUCACAGCUUCCUGCUUCUCAUCCUGUACAUUUCCAGUAGGGCAGAGAGGUGAUUAUGACAGUUUAAAGCUGGAGGUACUGACUGGUCAUAAGCCAUUAAAAGUGAAUAUUCUGAAGGCAGCUACACAGAGUCCAGCAAGAGAAAUACGUAGACAGGGGAUUAGGACAAAAUUGUUGGUUCAGAUCAGUUACAGAGCUUCACUUUCAUGCAGACUAGUCAAUGGAGCACCCUGUUCACUUGAACACUCAGCUGGCUUUAUUGGAUCACCUUGCCCAGAUUAAGUAGGUCUGACUGUCUCUUAAAUGCAGAGUAAAGCAUAAAGAAAUUUUUUUUAUCUGAAAGCUUGUAAUGUGGGGUAUGUAGGUUAGUGGGGAAACUUGGCCUAAUACUGCACUGGGAUGACCCCCCUGAGUUGGGAAUGUUCUUGCUCAUUCAGAAUUAAAUAUGCCCCUCUUCCUAGUCACUGCAGGGCUAUUCUUACCCUGUCUGACUAACUAUUAUUAGUCUCUUUCUUGUAAAAGAUGGCACCCUCCCUGGUUUAAAUUUGCUGUCUUAAGCCCUCUUCCUUCCCAAAUACUGCCUUAUUCUGGUAGGGUGAUUAAAUAUGGCUCUAGCCCUAUAGGAGGGAGCAAACUGUAAGGCUAAGUGCAUGGGACUGGGAGUUCUGCUAUUGCUUUUGCACUUGUAUAUAGCACUAUGGAGCGCAUGGCACUUUACAGACAACAAAGAUAUGGGCUCUGACCAGAGGAGUUUACAAUAUAGGACCUGGAUGCUGCAAGUCAUUGUAUGCAGGCAUGCUCCCACUGACUUCGAUGUGGGGGCUCCCUCCUCCUUUUUCCAAUAUCUACAUGCAAACCGGGUGAUGAUCCACCUCCUCUCUUCAUGAAACCUCCUCCCUUGCCAGUGUCUGGAUGCAGAUGACAUUCAGUGCGCAGAAGGGGGUGAUGCAUGAGUGGGGUGUUGGUGACAGCUAUAAUGGUUCUCUGCUAGCUGAACUUUCUAAGUCGGAGCCAGGAAAGCGUGGUGCUUUGCAAAGGAAAGCCCUGUCUUUGAACCCUGGUGCCUUCCUCUCAUCCACACCUUCCUCCACCGCAGCUGUUGGACCCUGGCCGGGAGAGCUUUGGGAAGAUGGAGAACCGGAGGGGAGAGCUCCUGGAUGCCCUCUGGGAGGAAGAGGAAGAGGAUGGGGUGGCUGCCAGUGCCUCCUCCAGCCUCCGCCUGAGCGAAGCAGGGGACGUGCAGGUGGAGAUGCUGGAAAAGGCCAGGGAGCUCUUUCAGUUGUGUGACAAGGAGGAGAAGGGCUUCAUCACCAAGCUGGACAUGCAGCGGCUGCAGAGCGAACUGCCCCUGACCCCAGAACAGCUGGAGGCUGUCUUUGAAAGCCUGGAGCAGGACAAUAAUGGGUAUCUGACACCUGUCGAGUUCAGCAUGGGACUAGGGAAGUUCAUAGGGAUUGAGCUGUACCAAGGGUCUGGGAGCACAGAUCACUUCAGACAUGAGGAGACCUUUGAGUCAGGCUGGUCAGAUGAUUUGGACCAGACAGACGACGAAGAGGAGAAGCGAUUUUAUUCAAUGAUGGAGCAGCUCGGAGUAGCCCAGGUCUUUGAAGAUCAGAGUGAGGUUCGGGAGCUCUGGACUCGUCUUCGGAAAGAACGGCCAGAUCUCUUGGCCAACUUUGAGGAGUUCCUGUUCCAUGUUUCAUCGUAUAUCAGGGAGGUACAUUAUGAGAAGGAAUCCAUGGAGCAGGCACUAAAGAGGAAGGAGACAGACCAUGACAGAGAAGUCAGGUGUCUUUAUGAAGAAAUGGAGCAACAGAUCAAAGCGGAAAAGGAACGACUGCUCUGCCAGGAAUCACUGAGGCACAACAGGAGCAACCUGCUGCAGAAGGAGCUGCGCAGCAAGGAGCAGGAGCUUGAGAAAAUCCUCUACCGGCAGAAAAAGCUGGAACAUCAAAUACAGUCUCUGAACUCUGAGCAGCUGGAGACCCGGGUGCAGAACGAGCGGCUCCAGCUUCUGAAUGAAAACCUCCUGGAGCAGCUGGAGAGAAGCAAGUGGGAGCUGGAGGUGGCCAAGGGGCAUCUGGAGCGUCUCCAGAAGGAGGCUCAGUGUGAACAGGAACAGAAAGACCGGGAUGUGUUCAGAGUCUCUAAGAACAUGCAGAAAGAGAAACAAAGCCUUCUUCGACAGCUGGAGCUCCUCAGAGAGAUGAACAAGAAGCUUCGGGAUGACAGAGAUGCCUUUGAAGCCAAGAAGCUGCCCUGCCACCGUGUUCCAUUGGUGAAGACGUGGAGGGGACAGCCUUCCAGAAAUGUCAAUGAGCGUGCAAGGAGGCAAAGCAGAGGGCUGGGACAGCUGGUUCCUGGGGAUCUUCCUCUCACUUUCCUGGAGGACAUGACUGUGGAAGAGCCCAACCAGAAGAGCUGUAAAUACUUCCUGGCCACCACAACGGCACUGAAGAAGGGGAAAGCAAGCAGAGUGAGCUUUGGAGAGGGCUGCACCUCAAGCUGCAAGCGAGAGCGGCAGCAAAUGGCAGGGGCUGGCGGGCACCCAAAGAUGGCUUCGAAGGGUGAUGUCAACUGGAGGCAAACAGCAGAUGAAUUGGACAGUGAUGCCCCAUUGUCCCCCAGAGAGCAGCCCAUUGGCAUGGAAACCAUGGCACCUGAACCAGCCAGCUCUUCCCCAGAACGUCUCUUCAAAGUGGUGUUUGUGGGCAACUCUGGCGUUGGCAAGAGCUCCUUCAUCCAUCGCUUUUGUUAUGACAGGUUAUUGGCUGAGAUUAAUGCAACCAUUGGUAUUGAUUACCAGGUGAAGAGUUUAAUGGUGGAUAACACACAGGUGGCCUUGCAGCUGUGGGACACAGCGGGCCAGGAGAGGUUUCGGAGCAUCACCAAGCAGUAUUUCCGGAAGGUGGAUGGUAUCUUUGUGAUGUAUGACAUCACUGAUGAGUGCUCCUUCGUGGCUGUGCGGAACUGGAUGAGUAGCAUCCAGGAGCAGGAUCCAGCCCCGAGAUACUCCUGUCUUCCAGACGGUUCUCACGGGAGCCUUGCUCUGUCUGUCCUGCAGGAAGGGAUUGAGGAUGGGGCCAUGAUCUUUCUGCUUGGAAACAAAAUGGAUGCAGCAGAGAGAGAGACUCUGCACGUGCCCAAGACGGAGGGGGAAAGGCUGGCAAAGGAAUACAAGGCUGUCUUCUAUGAGUGCAGCGCUAUGACUGGCUAUAACAUCCGGGAGCCCAUGCUGCAUAUGGCAAGCCCAACUCCAAAAGAAGCCCAGCUCUCACUAUUUCCCUUCACUCUUCAACAUCUAGUUUAUUCUUGCCUGAGGGGGACCACAGGGCAUGAACAACUUGGCAGGAAGCAGGCAAUAUCAGGCUGCUGUGUUCUUGAACUGCUAAUGUGUUGAUCAUUCCAGGCUGCUGACAACUCAAGAGGAUAAACAGAGGGAAAGUGCUCUCCACCUGGAAGAGUACCACAAGAGGAAGGGAUGCUGCAUGUGACGGAGCAAAGAGCAUCCCUCAGGAGCAUGUGGGGGCUGCACAUGGCUGGCUGGCUAUCAGCUCCACAGGGACUCAAGGGAGGUGCACGCUUUUCCCAAGAGGGAAUAUCCAGACGUUAAAACGAAACAAACUUGUUGCAACAGAAUAAUUCUGAUCUACCCCCACCACCUCAUACAGCUGCAGCAUUCCCCCCUCCUUCCCCCCCCCCCCGGGACCAUACUGCUUGAGAUGUUGCAUUGGCUGCACAGAAAUUGGUUCUCCCCUUUGCUUGUUCCUUUUGUGUCUCACCCUCCAAUGGGAAACACACACAGGUGAACGGAGGGUGCCUCUAACACUCCGUUUUAAAUAAACUAAAGCAGUGUCCAACUGUGUAAUAAAGAGAUGAUUAUUUUAAACUUGGAAA